AUGAUCAGCUUACUGCAACUUUUAAUGAUCUGCUGUGCUGUUUCGGUAAUUUGGCUGAACGAGAACCUCUACAAUUCUCCGAUAAUGACGCUACUCCAACAAUCUGAAAACUUCAAAGAACUCUACAGAAAAACCCUGAUAGCCUUCUACUCACUGUCAAUUUUCACGUCUGUGAUUGGGUUGCUGUCUCCACUGACAGUAAACUCGCAGACGGGUAUAAACCCGAUUUUGAAUGGUUAUCUCAUUCUCGGCUCCAUACAAGUUUUCACACUUGGAGUUAACAUUGGACUGCAUAUGGCUCUCUAUGUUAAAUCGGAUUCCGUUAUGGAGAAAUUAGAUUUACACACGUUGUACGAGAAAGGCGGGGAAAAAACACGCAUCGCCAGCGCCAUCAACUCCGUGCAGACCAAGCAAAAGUGCUGCGGGGUACACGAGGCAGCAGAGUGGAACGCCAUGAAAUGGUGGGUGAACAACGACACCUCUCCUUACCCCUUCAGAAUUCCGAAAAGUUGUUGCAACGUCAAACGGUGCAUCAUUGCUUCUAAGACCCAAAAAGCCUUAACAUCGCACAAAGUUGGCUGCAAGAAAAAGAUUCAACAGACACUCAUCAUUUUCUUACGCUACAACUGGGCCUUUCCCAUAAGUUUGAUAGUGGCGCAGAUCAUAAUCUUAAUUCUGGCGUGCAUUCUCAUCAAGUUGAUGAAGCAGACCGCCGAAGAGCUCAUGAACGCAGACGAUGAUGAAAAAAACCUCUACCUCAAGCAUCGUUUCUCAAAAUUCAGAAAACACAACAAAAAACGGAAAAUGUUCAAGAAUUUAGGAGUCAGUGAGUCGGAAGAAUCUAACGAUGACCAUAGGAGAUUUCGUGAUGGCGAUCACUAUAAUGAAAGAGAUUAUCAUGAAAAACGCCGAAAAAUAUUGCCUAAAAAAAUAGAUUAUUUAGGAAGGAGAAAAAAAUUGCGUGAAAAAGAAAGGGACCCUGCAGUCCAUUCUGACAAUACUGAAUAUAAAGAUGACCACACGAGAUAUAGAUCGGCGUUAGAUGACAGAUCAUAUCGAAUGACUCAGCAUGGUGAUUCUGAAAGUGAUUCAAGAGAAACAUUAGAACUAGCCAAAAAACUUAUAAAUCAAGAUAGAAGUUCUAAAUCAACUUAUUACAACGACCGGGACGAGGAAUGCUCCCAUUCUCAAGAUGCAUUACUUGACCGGGAUAGGGAUGUGGAAGAGAGGAAAAAAAUGAUGGAUAGAAAAUGGGACGAGAGAAAAAGAAGAAUAAUAAGAGGAAGAGAGAAAGAUGAAGAUGCUUUGACCUGGGAAAGUAAUAGAGAAAGAGAGAGAAGAAAAAAUAGAAAAAUGGAAACAAAUGAAAGGGUAAGAGAGAGAGAGAGGAAUAUAAGAAGACAACAAUGGCCAGAGAGAGACGUGUACAACGAAGAAGAUAUGCGACACCACAGAGAAAAAGUUUAUGAAAGAAGGAAACGGAGACUUAAUCCAAGAGAUGAUGAUAGUUAUAAUCGUGAAUAUAUUGGUUUUAAUGAUCAGAAUGAUGGCAGAGAUUACGACAGAACAAAAUAUACAGAUCAGGAUUCCUUUAGCGAAAGAAAAAAUUAUAGGAAAGACUUAUUUGAUGCAAGAAACGACUAUGACCCAUCUUUUUCAAGUUCUGAAUAUUCAACUUCGAAUGAAGAUAGUAGAAUGGAUGAAAGUCAAUUUUCAGAUUUCUCGCGCUCGAGUCGAUACAGUAAUAUAGAUAGAUACGGAAUGAGAAAACACACACCCAGUUCAUCAACUACCAUCAGAGGUGGGAUUGUUCCGAAAAAAAUCGAAGAUGAAAUAACUUUUCGGGAGAAACGUUUAAGAGAUUUAAAAGAACAAAAAAUGGAUGAACUGAAUAAAAUAAAAAGUCUAUCGAAAGAAGAAGAUUUAGAAAUUAAAAAAAUAGAAGCGCUCGGCAUUCCAAAAGAAUCACACGCUGAACCAACUUUGUCGCAGCUCAUUACAAACAUCCAAAAAACCUCUUCAAGAGCCGACAAAAUGCCAGGGCCACCUUCCAGAGUUAACUACAUGUCAACAAACAAUUUAGCCGCAAAGCCUUCAAUUCAGAAAGCUACAUUGAGUAAAAUGUCUAUACCAACAAUCAUAGGAGUCGAAAACAAAUCUAAUACCGGUGUGAACCAAAUGCCCCCGAAAAACGAUAUAUUUACCAUUACUCCCAACGAAACUACAACUACAAUUACCAACUGCCCCUGA